CCCACAGCCCUCUGGGACGCUCCCGGCUCACUGCUUCAGGGCUGCUCUCCUAGUGCUCGGGACAGGACCCAAGACUGCAACCGUGAAUCUCGCGCAGGUGAGGGGCGCGCACCACCAACCUCUGGUCAUCAGGACGCAGCCUCAGACAGGGCUCAAGGACGUAUUUUUCAGUAGACGUGCACUCUUUUGAGGAGUCGAUUCUUCAUUCUUUAUGCAGGCAUGGAUCUGGAUAAACCAUCUGUCUGGGGUUCAUUAAAACAGCGGACCAAGCCAUUGUUAAUUAACUUGAGCAAGAAGAAGGCAAAAAAGACAACAAGCAAACCCCUGGACAUAAGGAUGAGGCAUCACCUGGACCGGCGCCUCAGCCUCUCUGUACCUGACCUCCUGGAGGCAGAGGCCUUGGCCUCUGAGGGUCGACCUUACUCAGGUCCCCAGUCUUCCUAUACUUCGGUGCCCAACAGCUUGUCCACUGCAGGCAUCCUGCCCAAGAGUAGCAGCAGCUCCUUGAAGCAGUCGGAGGAAGAACUGGAUUGGAGCCAGGAGGAAGCAAGCCAUCUUCAUGGGAUGGACACCGACUCGGAGGAGGCCUAUGCUUCUGCAGAGGAGAGGAGGGCAUCCAGUCAGGGCAUCCUGGAUCUGCACAGACCUCCCAUUGGAGGGGAUGCACCAGAAGAGCCAGAGAAGACACGUGGCAAUGGUGACCUGAAUGCUUCUAUGACAUCUCAAGACUGUGAGGAGCAGUGUAGUCUCAGGGAAGCCAGUGAUGACCUGAGUCACCUCCGCAGUCCCUUUGCAUACCUCCUCACCAUACACCUGAAGGAAGGCCGCAACCUGGUGGUCCGAGAUCGCUGCGGCACAAGUGAUCCAUACGUGAAAUUUAAGCUCAAUGGGAAGACGCUGUACAAAAGUAAAGUUAUAUAUAAGAACUUGAAUCCAGUUUGGGAUGAAAUAGUUGUAUUGCCAAUACAAAGCCUUGAUCAAAAGCUUCGUGUGAAGGUAUAUGAUCGGGACCUAACCACGUCUGACUUCAUGGGUUCAGCAUUUCUCAUUCUCAAGGAUCUCAAGCUUAACAGGACAACUGAACAUAUUUUAAAAUUGGAAGAUCCAAACAGUUUAGAAGAUGACAUGGGGGUGAUUGUGUUAAAUUUGAACCUAGUUGUUAAACAGGGUGAUUUCAAGAGGCAUCGUUGGUCAAAUCGGAAGAGAUUAAGUGCCAGCAAGUCCUCUUUGAUACGUAACCUUCGGCUCUCAGAGUCCCUGAGGAAGAACCAACUCUGGAAUGGGAUUAUAAGUAUAACUUUGUUGGAAGGAAAGAAUGUCUCAGGAGGGAACAUGACAGAGAUGUUUGUCCAGUUAAAACUGGGAGACCAGAGGUACAAAAGCAAGACACUGUGUAAGAGUGCAAACCCGCAGUGGCAGGAACAGUUUGACUUUCACUACUUCUCUGACAGGAUGGGCAUUUUGGACAUUGAAGUGUGGGGAAAGGACAGCAAAAAGCAUGAGGAGCGACUUGGCACGUGUAAAGUGGACAUCUCUGCACUCCCAUUGAAGCAGGACAACUGCUUGGAGCUGCCUCUGGAGAGCUGCCUGGGGGCACUCCUUAUGCUGAUCACACUGACUCCCUGUACAGGAGUCUCCAUCUCAGAUCUUUGUGUCUGCCCCUUUGAGGACCCCAGCGAAAGAAAGCAGAUUUCCCAGCGAUAUUGCUUACAGAACUCUCUAAAAGAUAUGAAGGAUGUUGGUCUUCUACAAGUGAAGGUUUUAAAGGCAGCAGAUCUCCUGGCAGCCGAUUUCUCAGGGAAGAGUGAUCCUUUCUGCCUACUGGAGUUGGGCAAUGACCGGCUUCAAACACACACCAUUUACAAAAACCUCAACCCUGAAUGGAACAAAGUUUUUACAUUUCCCAUUAAAGAUAUCCAUGAUGUCUUGGAAGUGACAGUGUUUGAUGAAGAUGGAGAUAAACCCCCGGAUUUUCUUGGAAAAGUCGCCAUUCCCUUGUUGUCUAUUAGAGAUGGACAACCAAAUUGUUAUGUAUUGAAGAAUAAAGACUUAGAACAAGCUUUUAAAGGAGUUAUUUACCUAGAGCUGGACCUCAUAUACAAUCCGGUCAAAGCAAGUAUCAGGACCUUUAGUCCCAGAGAAAAGCGCUUUGUGGAAGAUAGUCGCAAACUGUCCAAAAAGAUCUUAUCAAGAGAUGUAGACCGGGUGAAAAGACUCACUGUGGCAAUAUGGAGCACAGUACAGUUUCUGAAAAGCUGCUUCCAAUGGGAGUCCACGUUAAGAAGUACAAUAGCAUUUGUGGUAUUUUUGGUUACGGUAUGGAAUUUUGAGCUCUACAUGAUUCCCCUGGCUUUACUACUGCUCUUCAUCCACAACUUCCUCAGACCCAUGAAAGGCAAGACUGGUGGUACCCAGGAGAGCCAGGAGAGCACAGACAUAGAUGAGGAUGAGGAGGAGGAAGAUAAGGAAUCUGAGAAAAAGGGGUUGAUUGAGAGAAUCUACAUGGUACAGGAUAUUGUUUCCACUGUUCAAAAUAUCUUGGAGGAAAUAGCUUCUUUUGGAGAAAGAAUUAAAAACAUGUUUAACUGGACCGUCCCGUUCCUGUCAUUGCUGGCCUGUUUGAUUCUGGCCAUAGCCACUGUGGCUUUGUACUUUGUCCCACUGCGGUACAUCGUUUUAAUCUGGGGCAUAAAUAAAUUUACUAAGAAGCUUCGAAAUCCUUAUUCUAUCGACAAUAAUGAGCUACUAGACUUCCUCUCCAGGGUGCCCUCGGAUGUUCAAAAGGUGCAGUAUGCAGAGCUGAAACUCAGUGGCAGCCACAGCCCCCUUCGAAAGAAGCGCAGCACUCUCUAGGGUACACAUUCACUGAGGACGCCAGCACCUGCUGUUGUGCAGAUGAUCGGACCUCUCCUGUGCCUGCCCCACUGGUACAGAGGUGUCCUGACAUGGGCGCUGUGUGCUCCCUGUGAUCUCUCCCUUCUUGUGCACAGAUGUGCACACACCUGCAUACACAUUCCCAUGUAUGGGUAGCCCAGAUGCCAAGACAGUCAACUCAACAAAAGGCACCAAGCCUGGAAUCAUGAGGACCUCUCAUCUGUUCUCAAGAAGGACAUGAAACAGUGUCCAUGUGGAUGAACACUGUCCUUGAAAACAACCAGGAGGCCACUUGGUGCCAGAAUGACUCUGAACUUAUUUCAAUACCUCCAGAAGAUUCUCAUUAAGAUUCAGUUAUUUCCAGCUGUGCCUGGUGCCUCACACAUGUAAUUCCAGCACCAAAAAGGUCAAGGCAGGACAGUCACAAGUUUGAGGUCAGUCCUGGCUUCAUUAGCUAUAUGAGGCCAGCCUCAGCUACAUAAAGACCAUCUCUCAAAAACUAAGUAAACAACAGAGACUCAGUUAUCUCCUCUCCAGAUCCCCCAACUUAUUUCUUCAGAUUAUUGUCAAAUAAGCUGCUUUAGUGUUUGCUGGCUACAUCUAUCCAGAUAACUUACAUUAGAGAAGAAUUUUAAAUGAUUUCCAAUAUUAAUCCAAAUUUUUAGGAGUCUUUCAGCUGUGAUUACUAAGGGCAUGUCUAAGUUUUUUGUUGACCCAUUGGUGUUGCAUGCCAGGCUGCCUCACAUAGUGAUUUCAUUGCUGAAAAUGCUGUGUCUUCUAACUUUACUUCUUGCUUAUUACCAAAACAAGCUGUCAAUAUCUAGCCUCAGAGAGGCAGUGGGGAGAAAUGAGGGAAAUGAGUGAGUCUUUAGAAAGGAACAAGUAUGAAGGAGACUAAUAAACACCAUAAUCAUUUACUUGCCCAGUGUUUUAAGAUGGAAGUAGGAAAUAUUUUGGCUGUCCAAAUAUGUCUUUUGUUUCUCUAGAGGUCAAAAUGAGCUAUAAACCACAAAAAACUAGUGUAAGAACCCUGUUCUAGAAAGUCCCACCAUAAAGACCUCUUUGAAUGGUACCUAAAUCCUAUACAUCCCAGGACUCCACAGUACACUCUGCCAAGUUUAAGAAAACCUUGGUUUUGUGUCUAUAGAUAGUGUAUCUAAAUAUCUUUAUGUUCGAAUGAUAUUUAUGCUUUAAAGUCUGUAUUUUAUUGACACGUGCUUCAUAUAUGCAGGUUUGUAUUUGUGUUAUGAAGAAAAGUUGAGGUAAAUUGUCCAAAUUUAAUAGUGAGUUUACUGUUUCUUUUUGUCUCCGAGUUGUGACUUAAGAAUCUUCAAACAAUAUGUUUAUGAAAAAAUGCCAAAGAUUCUAAACUUUCUCAUCUCGUGUCUGUUUUUCUUCAUAUUGUAUCUUCCUGGGUUGCUAUCUGGCAGAACCCGAUUUCUGCAUGGUUUGAUUUACUUUGAGUUAAUGAAGCUGGCUGGAAAAGAGCCUUGCAGAAAUUAUAAAAGCUCCAGUAAAUCUCUUAGUUGUACAUACAAUAGAUACCCAGGAACUUCUUUUGUUAAACCAGUUACUCAAUCUUCUGUGUAAACAAUGCCUCAUUGUCUCCCUCUUGUCAUCCAGUUUAUCAUAGUCUGUCAUUUGGUAACGACCUAAGUCAGACAUUUUUAAGCCGAUGGAUGUGUGAGAUCUGAUCAGUCACUGGAAUGAAAACUCUCGGGAGCAAAAUAACCCCUUAUUUAUUUAAAUGUGGAAGGCAGACUUCAUUGUUGUUCUUUUGCUAUAGAAUUUCAAAAUGAAAUAGUUUUCUCUACAAGAAGGCAUCAUUAGUUAGACUUACUUAUUUCCUUUGUAGUUCAAAUAGAAUUCACAUUAAAUUCUGGGCACAAACUAGCUGGUGAGCAAGAGGAGGACAAGUCAACUUUUCACAAACUGUGUGUUGAAAGCAAUUGCUAAUUGAUUAAUUAGACAUUGCAUGUUAGAAAAUGAAUAUUAGUUGGAAGUGACAUGCUAAGCUUUAUACAAUGAUUACAAUUGUAGAAACUUAAUCCUAACACAGUCUGUCUAAUAUUCCCCAUGGAGGCCCAAGAUCUCAAAGUACCAAACCCUAUAAUUUACUGUUAUUCUGUCCAUCUUAACUAAGCAUCUAUGUCACUGUGAGCAGAACUUCUGCACUUGGAUGCUUGACAGCAAAAGUAGCAUGAAUUUCUAUUCCCUGUUUCCACUAUUUGAUAUACAGAGGAUUAUCUGUUCUAACCCAAGAUCUUAGCAACUUGAGUAUGAUUGUUUUUUGUCUUCUGAGAACUUUCAUAUGUAUGCUUUUCGGAAACACUUUGGGGCUUCUCUUUGGCAUAUCCGAAUUGCCAGCAUGACUGCUUGUGAGCUUUGACACCAGAAUUGAGUAAAAUACUGGUUAUUGAGAUACAAUCAUUGUAACACCACAGCGGUGAAUCUGCAAACCGAUGGCUACUGUAAAGACAGAAGGACCAAAUGAAAGCAAAAUUCUCACACUUCCAACAGCCCAGCCAUGGCUAGUUGGAGCCUGGUUCCUUAGGGACCUAUGACACCUUCUGCACAUAUCUAGAGCCUAACCCAUAAAUACCCUGGCACCUACACAAAUGGCCAUUCUCAAAAAAAGGCUUAUGCUACAAAAUUUACCACUUAGCCAGAUACCAAGAGGUCCACCCAUCACGUCAGAUAGAAGUCAGCACAGAGGUUCCAAGAUGAAACAACCAAGGAACUCCUGUAAGUGUGUUAAAAUAACUCCUGCUCCCUCUCAGCGGCAUGGCUUCCCCUCUCUGGAAACUCUCCCACUGCUUCCUUGGAAUGUAUUUCAAUAAACUCUUUGUCUAUU